AUGACUCGUGAGAUUCCAGGGUUCUAUUAUGACCCGGAGAAGAAGAAAUACUUCAAGAUUCAAGCCAACCAUGCUGCUCCUCCAAAUGCGCAAUACUCACAGCAAUCCGUGAAGCGAAAGCGAUCUGAGCUGACUACGCGUGAGAACGAGACACGAUUCAGACAACGCGAGAUUAAAGAGACAAUCCGAAAGGCCGCAUCGUUGAGGCACCCCUUGGUCAAUCUCCAUAGAGAGAUUGGUGCGGUUGAAUCUUCCCGUGCCAAGCAAGAACAGCAGGCUCGCAUUCAAGCGAGCCAACUGCACCGUGGGGAACUGCAUCGUUUUGAGCCAUGGCCUAACGCGUACAGCAUCAGACAUGUCUUGCGCAAUCCACGUUCCGGGACACUGAUUGCUAGCUCGGCUCGCGGAUAUGAAUCGUCUGUAUCAGUCUGUUUUCCUGAUAUUGACGAGUCACAGUGGAGCUAUGAUCACACCAUGGAACGGGUGUUAUUCAGAGAACCGUACUGGCUAGGAUCAAUGUCUUUAAGUCACACAGGAUACCUUCUUGCAACAAUGAACGAAGGACCACAAGGUGACUGCUUCCUUUCGGCUCAUCUUCUGCCAGAGCCCGACGAAGGUGGCAACUACCGCUGGCCAACAUUCUCUCACCCGAUUAGGAUCAGACCCCACUACCCGAUGUCUUUCUGGUGCUCCGCAGCCCAACCCACAGGGUCAAGCGCCAACUUCGCCAUAGGAACUUCAGAAGGCCUCCAUACCCUGGAGGGGGCCAGUAGCCAUUGGAGCCUAUCAAAGAAGCCAUUCAAGGGCAAUACGGUUUCCACAAACAACAGAAGACGUUCCGAACGCAGCCAGGGCCAAAACAGCGUGCAUGCCGUGGAAUGGUUGUCGCAGGACGUGAUUGCGGCAGGCCAGAAAAACUCCAAGAUCUUCCUCCAUGACCUGCGCAGUGGUGGCAGUGCCACGCGCCUUCAACAUAACGAUGCCGUGAUGGAAAUGAAGCAGAUGGAUGAGCACCGACUUGUGGCGGCGGGACCUACCUCGCUACGUUUGUACGACCUCCGCUUCACGCCAAAGGCGCUCAAAUAUCACGACUCCUCGAAGCCCUACCUCGCUUUCCCUGGUUUCUCCUCACUGCCAUUCCCCACUUUCGACCUGAGCACCGAGCUCGGUCUUCUGGCUAGUCCCUCCCAGGACUGCAAAAUCCAGCUCUUCUCUCUUCAAACCGGACUACAGGUAUCCUCACCUCUCACGGGGCACCAAUAUUCUUCACCACCUAGCUGUGUGCGAUUCGAGUUUGGCAACGAUACCCCGGAGUGGCGGGGGCCGCAUGGACCGAGUCUAUUGGUUGGCACGGAUGAUGUAGUUGAGCAGUGGACCUGGUAG